GUGUGCUCAGGGGACCUGUCCUCUUGUGUAAAGCCAAUGCACCAUACCCCCGCUCGGAGUGUUCAUUGCCCGUUCUGACCCUGACUCUGACUCGUUGCGACAGAACUCCCGUAACCCCCGCGCCUUUGUGCGCGAACAGACGGUCCUCUCUGCCCUCACCGCUGACUUCAGCCGCGCUCAGUAACGUCGCCAAUAAUGCGACGGCCCGGUAGACGGCCUCCUGGUUACAUGUACGCGUUUCAAUGACCGAUCAGCCCGCCGAGUCCAGGGAGUCCGGGAUCUGUUCAGAAAAGGCCACACUCGAUAUCAGAUCCUACUUGUUUUACAAACUUCUUGAGGACAUCGGCGCUGCGCCAACCUUGCACGCUGGAGAGAUGCAGCAACAUCUUUACGAUGGCGACUUCUUGCUCUUCAAGUCAGCCCCUGUGUUUGAAAGCAACUUCGUGCAGGUUAGUAAAAAGGGGCAUGUGAGUGAUAUCCAUCAUCGAGUUACCGUGGUAACGAUGGGAGUCACCUCCACAGACCCCACACUCUAUACCCCAGAUGUUUUGCUAAUCGCUCGGCCCAGUGACCAACAACUGCAGGUAUUCAACAGAAACCUGAAGCAAAUCUCACCUUCAGGGUCCAAGCUCCCGACAGGCAUCGACAGCCCUUUACAACUGCUGAGACUUUUUCCUCUGAAGCUGAUGAAGAUCUCUAUCUACGACAAGAAGAACCGUCGACUGCGGCUGAAGCUGGUGUCACACAAGUCCUUCUACCUUCAGCUCACCGGCGUGGAUUCCAGGUUUGAGGAUGAGAUGUUCCAGCACUGGGUGAAGUUAGUGCAACACAUCUACCCACGAGGGGCAGCAGGCAGCACCCAGCCAUGAGCAGCCUGGGGUUAGCCCCGCCUCACCACUGACUGUACACCACCUAUCUCACACAUGGCUUCUUGGAUCACCUGUCACCCGGAGAAUCUCUGAGCCACUGUCUCUGCUCUCACACCCAACAGGUCGGAGAGUCAGACCAACACUGGAAGCCAAAGAGAAUGAAAGAGAAAAAUAAAAUUUA